AUGUUGACAUUCGUUGCGUUGUUGUUAUUGAUUUGUAUUUGCGGAAUUUUGGGCAUACUGCUUAAGUGGACAUUUGGACUGCGAACAAUAGGUAUUGGUUUCAUGAUUCUAUUCAUCAACUGCGCAGUGACCAUCAUCGUUACUUUAAUGGUCUGGUUCUUCACAAUGUGCCACGUUGGAGGCGCUGAAUGGGACCUGCAUGGUACUGAAUUGUAUCACGCCUGGGUCGUGCUGGCAUUAGAGUUUCUCGUUGUGGCUCUUGCGUGGCACACCAUCUCAGCUCUACGCUCUCUUCAAUGGGUUAUCGCCUACGGGGGCAGCGGGUGGGAGAAACUAAACUACAAAGAUCUUCGCAACAUAUAUGCCGCCGAAGCCUACCUGGGCGACUUUGGUCAGUAG